AUGUCGGGCCCCGAAACGCCCAAAGCUAACAAACAACCUUCGCCUUCGACUGAGAAGAAACAGGACAAACAACCAAUUGCUGAAUUAAAGAAUGGAAAGGUAAUUUUCAGACAGAAACCUGUCUCUUUCGAGAAGCAAUCGGAGACCCUACAAGAUAUAGUCAAAUUUCGAUCCAUGCUGGAGGAUAAAAUUAAUGCCAAAGAAUCCUUUUCUGUUUUCCCGGAGGAAUUCAAACCUCUAAUCGCGAAAUUAGCACAUGAAAGUGACAAAACCCUGAAUGCACUUGCAAAAUAUGUACAUCAAGAGCUCUUACCAGCUGCACACGACGCUGUCGCGCCCGCCACAUCUGCUGUUCUUCCUGUUCAUCUCAUUGAAUGUGCCAUUCAAGAGAUAAUGACUCGUAAUAACUACGGGAUUGACGUACCUUUGGGAGUCAAACCACCUGCCGCCAUUUGUGUAUGGAGAUGGGAGGUGAAGCCUGACCACAUUAGCUGGUUGCCUAAGAACAGCAUAGGGAAAGCCGAGUUGCGACAGGCAGAGCGCAUCCAAGCUAAAGAAGAACUCAAAGCUAUUUUUGAAACUUACUCACAGAAAGAACGCGACGCAAUCAUCGACCCCAAGGGUGCAGGCAAAGUUCAGGCAAAAGAUUCCAGCAUCUCGACGGUAGAUGGUAAAUUGGAUGUCACCAAAAUCACACCACAAUCUUCCAAAAAGCAGGGCAAGAAAAGGGAGGAGGAGCCUGAAAGCGAAACGCCCACCACUAAGCAACCCAGACCUAAGAAAGAAAAGGUCCAGGACCCCGAAAAGAUUGCAAAGGAAAAAGAGAAACUGGAGAAGAAAGCAGCUAAAGCUGAGAAGGAGAAGAAAGAAAAGGAUGCGCACUCUAAGUCUCAGUCUAUUAUGGCGAAGUUUUUUGUCAAACCGAAGUCACCAUCGCGAGUAACAAAAUCUCAAUAUGAAAGUGCUGUUGCUGGCCCUUCGAGGAUACAGUCCGAUUUCGAGAAGGUUUUCAAACCUUUUGUACUGCAGAAGGACAAGGUCAUGGCGCCGGCUAAUUGGUUCUUGGAUGAGAAGAGACGUAAAAGGAAAGCGGCCCUUCCUACUGGACAAGAAGUGAUUGUUAUAGACAGCGAUGAAGACAUGAAAGAUGAGGAACAAGGCUCGUCUUCCACAGAGACCAACCUGGAAGGGGCGUCAAAUCAAGAGCAUCUAAAUAGUAUACUGGCCUCCCUACCGCCUGGUGCUACGCCUACGCGCGUGCUGCAUCGGCGGUUUGAUGCCUUAAAGGCUGGGUUUCGGGUAUACAAUCCUGUGACUGUGCGGGAUCUCAUGGCGGAAUUGUCUGAGGCUGAAGUCAGUGGCAACGACGAUCUGGUCAGGUCGUUACUGGCAAAACUUAAUGACCGCGAACUACUACCUGCAAAAGCAUUUUGUUUCCACACUGACGCUCGUCCCGGUUACUUUGGAACCUGGACCCGUAGUUCACGUAUCAUUGGACCACGGACACCGUUUGCCAAAGAUACUUUGGUUUUCGAUUACGCGUACGACAGCGGAGAGGAGUGGGAAGAGGAACCAGUCGGAGAAGAUGUGGUUGACGACGGAGACGAAGAAGAUGUAGACGGAGAUGAACAGGAUUCUGACCUGGAUAGUUGGCUUGUAGACGAUGAUGAAGAUCCAAACUUGGCCCUACUUCAUGAUUCCUCUCCUCCACCCAUACUUGAUUUCCCUACGUCCGCACCAUCGAAAAGAAAGGCUGAUGAGGGAGAGAGAAAAAUCGGUAAAAGGCGGAAAGUGGUUGUGCCUCUUGUCCCUUUUGCGAAGGGACCUGUUUUGGAGACAGUUAUCGGUCAAUGCGAUUAUGAACCGUUCAGACCGUAUGCCAUUCAACUUUUUAAUGAUACGCCUCUAUCUAUCGAUCCAUUUACCUUCGUGUCCACAUGCAUUGAAGACUAUCGCUCGCGAAAUGCAAUCAAUAAUGCUGUCCCCACUGAAUCAGCAUUUGCUAUUCCAGCUCUUCCUCCCAGAUUGACGUCAAUAACAAAUACCUCGAUAGGGAACUCAGGUACAGAUUUGUCGACAAAUACACCCACUAUCGCCCCUCUGGUCGCCAAAAAGGUGCAACCUACAACGAAGUUUACUUUUCCGGAAGUAUAUAUGCCAUUACUUAUGGCAAAAUUCACCCAAAUACAAGCUUCAAGUAUCACAGCUCUUGUGGAAUCCAUUUAUUUGGACCUCAAAGAGCACAAAGUGAAGAAGACUGCUAUUGAAGCGAAAGUUCGGGAAGUGGGAGAAAAGUGCAAAGAGAAGAAAGUUUGGAUAAUCAAACCUGCAUUGCUGGUGAAUCAUUCUCUGCAAAUUUGGCACUUGACUGGAUGCUCAUUCACAUCGAACCAGCAGCAGCAAACAGAAUCUUAA